GCUAUUGUCCGAUGUCCCGGCACGUGUGCUUUGCUAACACACCAUCCUCGCAAAUUCAUACACAUACUAGCGCCAUGACCCUGGACGAUUCCUACCAGAUGUGCCAGAGACUGUUCUUGAGGCUUUUGGGGUCUUACCAUUCUAAGACUUCACUGGGUGAUGAAAAUGCCAGCAAGGUCCCUGCCUUUAAACCUGAGCGGGUCAUUGCUCACUGCUUCCGGCCUUUCAAGCAGAAGGACUUCCAACUGCCACAGAGCCGCCGGCGGAUCAUUGUUGUUUCUGGCGAGCAGGGCCAGGCACCAAAGGCUAGCCCUGUGCUCCAGCCCCAGACCCAAGAUCUUCAGCCACAGCCCAUCUCCAGCAUCAAAGCUCUGGAGGCUGGUGAUACCCAAAAGCAGCUGGGGGACUGGAAGGCUUGGCUGAGCCAGAGGGCAAAGCUCCGAAUGGAGCUGGAGUCAUUUGGCAACGUCCAGAGGUGGCUGGAGAAUAAGCCUAGUGUCACACCAUCUGAGGCCAAGGUCUUGCGCAAGAUUCACCAGGAGCAGAGAGCCCCAGUGGCAGACCCCUUGACUAUAAUGAGAGCCACCAAGAAAAAAGCACCCCGGGUCUCACGCCGGCUGGUGCCCCAGCUCCGGCUGCCCAAGCCUACUGCCUUGUUGACCAUGUACUCCUACCUGCGUAGCCACAAGAUCAAGAUCCUGGAGGUAUUCAACAAGGUGGAUGGGAGUGAGAACCAGCGAAUCUCCAGGGAAGAGUUCAUCAUGGCUCUGAAGGCGAUUGAAGUCCCACUGAAGAACCAGGAGAUAGAGGACAUAGUGAUUUACCUUGGCUCUCUUGGGAAGCAGAAUGCAAUCACCACCGAUGUCCUGUCCAACGGCUACAAGCAGUGGUCUCUGGCCCAGCAGAGGAGCACUCUGCCCACUGCCAGGGAGUAUUACAUCUUGACUAAGCAAAAAGAUGUCCCAAGGAGUCCACUCAAGGACCCAGAGGACUUGACCUCACAGCUUCCCAAGAUGGACCUGUUGAAGGUGCCUGAGGUUGACACUCAGAUAGAGUCACGGCCCAUGACCUUUGAGGAAAUGGAAGAGGCGGGCAAGCGAUACCGUGAGAGGCGGCGUCGGUGCAAGAUCAACCUCCCCCCCAUCCAGUUCACAGAGCGCUGCCGGCUGGUGCGCUGUGGGACCAAGCACUUUGAUGAGCACUGCUUGCCGUCCACUAUUUACGGGGAGAUGGAAGACAUCAUCAACACGACCCGCAGGGAUGACUUCCUGACUUACCUGCAAUGCUGGGAGCUGUGCCAGACCUAUGGCCUUCCACUAACAGAGGACAUCCUCAUAAGAGCAUUGCUAUACCCAGGAGACAAGAUCAUUUCCCUGAAUGAUGAAGUGCGCCCGAUCCGGCAGCCUGGAGGAUAUUACGUAGAUGAGAAGAUAACCCAUACUCUGGCUAUGCUCAGGACCCAGGACCUCCAUAAGACCGGGGAUAAGAAGAAAAUAUCUAAGAAACUCAAGAAAAUGAACUUUGAGGAUUUCCAGGAUUUUACUGGGAAGCUGACGACAAAGAGGCUCAGUGGUCUCCAGCUCACUCACCCCAAUUCCUUCUGGCCUGGCCACCUUCUGGACAAGCUGCUGCUCUACCUGCCCACUGUGACCAGGGAUCGGAGCCAGGCCAUCUUCAGUUGUGUCCAUCAGAAGCGCCAUGCCUACCCAGCCAUCUACCACCCUGACCGCUGGUGGCCCAUGAGGGGCAAGAAUUACAUGACCUAUGCCCACUAUGAAGCAGACAAAGUGUACUCCAUGGACUAGAGUUUCCCAGCCAUCCUGGGCCAGGAGACAGUGCAGUCUGGGGCCCAGAGCUACAAACACAGUACUAUCAAAGAGUUACACAGAAGAAACUGUUUUAUAAGGAUGGCCUGGGGCCAGCAUCCAGCACCUCAGAGGGUAGAUGUCCAGGGAAAAAUAUGCAAUUUUAAGUUCCCCUCUCAUGACUUCUGUCCUUUCAAAAUAAACCAGCUGAUGUGA